GUGAUUGAUAGGAAAUACUCUCUCCGUUGUGCUACCUAUCUAGAGUUUCAUCAUCACAGUAUUGUCUUUAUAAAUUAUAAAUAGCGAUUUUAACACAAUUGGUUUAAAGAAAGGAUAAAUUUUAAAAAUCAAAAUUUUGUUUAAAGAAUGGAAGCACUUUUGGACUUUAAUGCUCCGUUUAAUGUAUCUCUUUUGGAUCAAAUUAUUGAUUGCUUGUAUUCCAGCAGAGGAAACAUUCAAGAGAUCCAAAUGGCACAAAAAGUGCUGAGUCAAUUUAAAGACGAUCCUAAUUCAUGGACAAGAGUUAAACAAAUUUUAGAAACUUCAAAUAAUCAAAAUUCUAAAUUCUUUGCGCUCCAAGUAUUAUUACAAGUUAUUCAAACAAGAUGGAAAAUUUUGCCUCCAGAUGAAAGGGAUGGUGUUAAAAACUUUAUAGUACUCACUGUUAUUAAUUGUUCAAAGGAUGAAACCUAUUUCAGACAACACAAACUUUUUAUCAACAAGCUUAAUGAAGUACUUGUAGCUAUUGUCAAACAAGAAUGGCCUCAAAAUUGGCGAAACUUUAUUCCAGAAAUUGUCAACUCGAGUCCAUCUAAUGAAAAUUUAUGCGAAAAUAACAUGAAUAUUCUCAAAUUGUUAAGUGAAGAAGUAUUUGACUUUUCUGCUGGUAAAAUGACAACAAAAAAGAUGACACAAAUGAGUGAAAGUUUCCGUUCCGAAUUCAAACUUAUUUAUCAAUUGUGUGAUGCUAUUCUCCAACAAGCACAAAAGCCAUCUUUAUUAUCAGCAACACUUCAAACAUUACUUAGAUUUUUGAACUGGAUCCCUCGUGAAUUUAUUUUUGAAACAUCAAUGCUCGAAAUUCUUAUUACAAAAUUCUUACCUGUACAGCAAUUUAGAAAUGACACUCUGAGAUGUUUAACAGAAAUUGUCAGCAUGGUCGAACCAAAAUACGACGAAAAAUUUGAAUUGAUAUUUGUUUUUAUUAUGAGGGUUAUUCCAAGCAUUCUUCCACCAAACACAAACUUGCCAAGUGCUUAUAAGAAUGGAUCUGAUUAUGAUCAAAAGUUUGUUCAAAUUUUGGGUUUGUUCUUUACAUCAUUCCUUACAAACCAUUUGGGUGUGGUUGAAAAGGAUCAACAUUCUCAGAUUGUGCUCGAAGCACAUCAAUAUCUUGUUGAAAUUUCUAAAGUAGAUGAAACUGAAAUUUUCAAAAAUUGUUUGGACUAUUGGAUUUACUUCUCUCGUGAUUUAUACUUCUCCGAAAAGAAGGCAUCUCAAUCAAAUAUUUAUGAACCAUUACUUCUUACAAGACCAGCAUCUGCUAGAAAAGCAAUUUACUCGAGAAUUAUGUCACAAGUUAGAUUAGUAAUGGUAUCCAAGAUGGCAAAACCAGAAGAGGUUAUUAUUGUUGAGGACGAAAAUGGACAAGUUGUAAAGGAAUAUAUGAAAGAUGUAGAUUCCAUUCAAUUAUAUAAGAGUAUGCGUGAUGCUUUAAUUUAUUUGACUCACUUGGAUUAUGUAGAUACAGAAAAAAUCAUGUUGGAAAAACUCCGUGCUCAAGCUAAUGGUUAUGAAUGGUCUAGGCAAAACUUGAACACUUUGUGUUGGGCUAUUGGUUCUAUCUCUGGUGCUAUGGAUGAAAAGGACGAAAAGAGAUUUGUUGUUACUGUGAUCAAGGAUUUAUUGAAUAUGUGCGAAAUGAAAAAGGGUAAAGACAAUAAGGCUGUUGUUGCAUCUAACAUUAUGUAUGUUGUAGGUCAAUAUCCUAGAUUCUUGAUUGCCCACUGGAAGUUUUUGCAAACUGUUGUUAACAAAUUAUUUGAAUUUAUGCAUGAAAAAUUCCCUGGAGUCCAAGAAAUGGCCUGUGAAACAUUUGUUAAAAUCUCUAUCAAGUGUAAGAGAAAAUUUGUUCAACGUCACCAAGGAGAAGAUGUCAUGUUUUUGGAAAAGAUCUUGAGAAAUCUCAAGUCUAAUAUCUCUGAUUUGGAACCAUCCCACAUCCACACUUUCUAUGAAGCUGUUGGUUAUAUGAUCCAAGCUGCUUUACCAGCCGAUCAAGAAAGACUUAUUCAAAUGUUGAUGUCAAUGCCAAACUCUAAAUGGCAAUCUAUUAUGAAUAUGGCCGCCCAAAAUGUUGCUACUCUUGCUGAUACAGCUGUAUUGAAAGAAUUGGCAAACAUUCUCAAGACCAAUGUCUCUGCAAGCAAAUCGAUAGGUAACGCCUACCUUCAUCAAAUGAAAAUUAUUUUCAAAGACAUGUUAAACGUUUACAAGGCAUACAGUCAAUUUAUUUCUGAUGAAAUUGCAAAGAUUGGUGUAAAGGCUGCCACUCACUCCAAUGUCAGAAUGAUGAGAGCUGUAAAGAGAGAAACUCUUAAACUUGUUGAAACAUUUAUUGCUAACUCUGAUGACACACAAUUAUUAGUUACAUCAUUUUUACCUCCUCUUUUGGAUGCUACACUUGGCGAUUACAAGGCUAGUGUUCCAGACGCAAAGGAUCCUCAAGUUUUGUCAUUAUUAUCAGCUUCUAUGGUUAAAUUGCAAACAGCUGUUGACCAUUAUUUGCCUACAAUCUUGGAAUAUGUUCUUGAAUGUACUCUUCCAAUGAUUACCACUAAUUUUGAAGAUUAUCCUGAACAUAGAAUGAAUCUCUUUGUGUUAUUGAAGUCUAUCAACAAAUACUGCUUCCAAUCUUUCCUCCACAUUCCUCCUAUGGGCUUCAAAUUGAUUGUUGAUUCAAUUUUAUGGGCUCUCAAACAUACCCACAGAAAUAUGUUCGAAACUGGUCUUAAUAUUUUACAAGACAUGCUUUCCAACAUUGAACAUCUCAAUAAUGAUGGUUUGAGAAAUGAAUUUUAUGGAAAGUUCUACCUUCCAAUCCUUGAUGACGUUCUUUAUAUUUACACCGAUACCUUGCAUCAAUCUGGAUUCAAGGUUCAAACAACCAUUAUUCAUCACUUGCUCUAUGUUGUUGCAACAAAUAAGAUUACUGCACCAAUCUCAGAAGGACAAACUGUAUCAACUGAUGUGUUUGUCAAACAACAUAUUCAUGAUGUUUUAAUUCAAUCUUUCAGCAAUCUCAAUUCCCAAUAUUUAACUCAAUUUAUUGUUGCCCUCUUUGGAUACAUUCAUCAAGAACAAGAAUUCACCAAUUGUUUGCGUGACUUCCUGGUCACACUCAGAGAAUAUCAAGGUGAAGAUGUUGAUGUAAGCGAUUUGUACUUUGAAGAGAAGCAAAAGAAAGAAAUUGAAUCACGACAAUUGCGUGAAUCAGUUCCAGGUUUGGAUGGUCCAUCUGCUGUAAAUGAACUUGCGCAAAGCUAUGAUGAUGACCUCUAAACAAUUCCAAUAAACUUAAUUUUAUUCCAA